UUUAUUUAUUUUUUUCCGUUCUUCUUUCAGGAGCACUUAUUUGUCAGGCAUUUAUUUGCUGUCCGAUAAAAUUCUUCUGGAGCAGCGCAAAAGUGAUAUGAAGGCUUCCAUAUCUCCGCUUGAAAAGACUUCCAUCGUAGUUCUCUAAAACCUUGCUCAAAGUUCGUAUAUUAUCGAUUAUUGGUCGCUUUUACGGUUUGAUCGGCUACGAAAGAGCAGUCAACUGCCUACGCUAUACAUCUGUCAUGGCAUCCAGGAAGACGCUGAAUCGACGACCUCGUCCGCAACGAGCAACCAGUAAUGUCUUUGCUAUGUUCGACCAAGCUCAAAUACAGGAAUUUAAAGAGGCUUUUAAUAUGAUCGAUCAGAAUCGUGAUGGUUUCAUAGACGUUCAAGAUUUGCAGGAUAUGUUUGCAUCGUUAGGGAAAGAAGUAAAUGAGGAAUUUUUGGAAAAAAUGAUCAGUGAAGCCCCAGGACCAAUCAAUUUCACCAUGUUCCUUACAUUAUUUGGCGAGAAAUUGACUGGAACGGAUCCAGAAGAGGUUAUCAAAAACGCAUUUCAAUGUUUUGACGUAGAUAAUAGUGGUUUUCUGAACGAAGAUCGUCUUCGGGAACUGCUAACUACAAUGGGUGAUCGCUACACCGAUGAGCAGGUUGAUGAACUGUUUCGCGAUGCGCCGAUCAGAAACGGUAUGUUUGAUUACGUCGAAUUUACUCGAAUGCUUAAGCACGGUACGAAAGAUAAAGAUGAUGCUAACUAAGAACUAUUAUGCAAGAUUCCGUUUUUUUUUUUCGCGUAGUAUCUCAUUGUGAACCAAUUAUUUCCGUACGAUUAUUUUAUUAUAUCAUCUCCUGCCUUUCACUGCUUUUUCUUUAUGGAUACUGAUAACUCGUUUUACACCAUCUUUAAAUAUUCCUAGAACAAUCUAGUGAGAGAGUGUAAUCAUUAGAUAAAUAUAAGGUAUGAAAUGUAAUACUACAACGAUAUUUCGAUUUGAUAUUAUUUGUCUGCUCAUUGGAAGAAUGGAAACAUAGUUUUACACUUUCUUUUGCGCAUUGUUGUAUUAAUGUCGGAUGUUCUUAAUUUUAUAGUUGAUGCAAAAAGUUACCGCCU